AUGGAGAUGGUGAUGGAGAUGGCGAUGGCGAUGGCGAUGGAGAUGGAGAUGGAGAUGAACAACAGGCCCAACCCUAAAGAGAGCGAGAAGGACAUAUGCCCAGGCUGUGAGCAGAACAACAGGCCCAACCCUAAAGAGAGCGAGAAGGACAUAUGCCCAGGCCGUGAGCAGAACAACAGGCCCAACCCUAAAGAGAGCGAGAAGGACAUAUGCCCUGGCCGUGAGCAGAACAACAGGCCCAACCCUAAAGAGAGCGAGAAGGACAUAUGCCCAGGCCGUGAGCAGAACAACAGGCCCAACACUAAAGAGAGCGAGAAGGACAUAUGCCCAGGCCGUGAGCAGAACAACAGGCCCAACCCUAAAGAGAGCGAGAAGGACAUAUGCCCAGGCCGUGAGCAGAACUACAGGCCCAACGCUAAAGAGAACGAGAAGGACAUAUGCCCAGGCCAUGAGCAGAACAACAGGCCCAAUACCUGGAGGUGUUCUUGA